GCCAUUUUCGAUAGUCACUUGUUCUCAGCGUUGUGAAUUAAUGGUGACUCGAAAUCAGCGUCAACAAACCGAAUAAUCAUGAAAUUAGUCAGAUUUUUAAUGAAGUUGAGUCACGAGACGGUGACAAUUGAGCUGAAAAAUGGAACCCAGGUCCAUGGCACCAUCACAGGCGUUGACGUCGCGAUGAACACGCACUUGAAGGCCGUAAAAAUGACAAUGAAAAAUAGAGAUCCAGUUCAACUUGAGACCUUAAGCAUCCGCGGCAACAACAUCCGUUACUACAUUUUGCCAGACUCGCUUCCGCUUGAAACUUUGCUAAUCGACGACACACCAAAAGCAAAAGCCAAGAAGAAGGAUGCUGCCAGAGGUGCAAGCAGAGGCCGUGGUCGUGGAAGAGGAACUCGAGGCAGGGGCAGAGGAAGAGGCAGGGGUCGCCGUUAACCCAACACUUUUUGACUUUCUGCUAUGUGUUUUAUUGUGUCAUUUCACACACACGUUGAGGACAUUUUUCAAACUGAAGUUGAAAACUCCGGACCUGUUCGAACACUAUCCAUUUUUGUUUUAUUUUUAAAAUCUGCAAAGAAGAUUCAGCAACCAUAAUUACUUGUAAUAAUAAGCUCAUAGAAUUUAGGAAAAA